AAUUUCUUUCCUGAUUCAUGAACAAGAACAAGUAUUUGUAAGAAUUGUAACACACAAAUUCCAGCAAGUUAAAAGCUCUCUCUUUUUCCUCCACCAAACAAUUAAUUAAUUCUCCCAUUAAAAUCACAACCCACUCACUCCAUAAUGACAAACACCACAUUCUCUCUCUCUGUCAAUCAAACACACCCCCCACUUUCACCAAACGACACCUAAACCUCUUCUCUUCUCUUCUUUCUCUCUCCUCUUCUUCUACUCUAAUGUGUUCAUGUUCCUCUCUUCUUCAACUUUCUCUCUCCUCUGUUUCUUCCACUAAACCAUUCUUCUGAUUUUACCUUUACAAUAACUUGAAGCAUUCAACCAGGACACCAUGGCCAGGCUAGUGGUGGAGGUGCUAGAUGCAUCCGACCUCAUGCCGAAAGACGGGCAAGGCUCCGCAAGUCCAUAUGUAGAGGUUGAGUUUGAAGAGCAAAGACACAAGACACAAACCAAGUACAAAGACUUGAACCCCGUGUGGAACGAGAAGCUCGUUUUCGAGGUUUCCGACCCACAAAACCUCGCCGACAGAACCAUUGAGGUUACUGUCUAUAACGAUAAGAAAUCCGGACACGGCCAUCAUAAGAACUUCUUAGGCCGUGUCCGGAUUUCCGGGGUUUCCGUUGCUACGACGGAAACCCAAGCCUCUGUUCAGAGGUAUCCCCUUGAUAAGAGAGGGAUGUUCUCUCAUAUCAAAGGGGAUAUUGCUUUAAAGAUGUUCUUGGUGAAUGACCCAUCUUUUCAAUUUUUUCCGCCUCCUAACAAGGAAGAUAGGAGAGAGAAUAAUGAAUCCGAGGUUCCGCCAUUGGAAGAAAUCAAUCCAAAUAAUGUUACCUCUAAUUUCGGAAAUAAUUAUGAACAAGUGGGGGAGAGAGAAUUCGGAAAUGAAAACAACAACCAUCAUCAUCAUCAUGAUCACCAUUAUCAAAAGCAGAAUAAAAAGCAAGAAAAAGAAAAACCUCAAGUUCGAACUUUUUACUCAGUUCCAGCUAAAUCUCACAACUCUUCUCAACAGCAGCAACAACAAGCUCCGCCUUCUCAGUCUAACCACCAAACCCAGCAAUCGUAUCCGAAGACGGAAGUUCGGGCGGAUUUCAUGAAAGCCGCCCCACAGCCUGCUAUGAUGAUGCAGGUUCCCGGGAAGAAGCCGGAUUAUGAGCUGGUGGAGACUCGGCCUCCCGUAGCGGCACACAUGGGAUACAGAAAAGGGGAUACCAUCGGUAGCACCUACGAUCUGGUUGAGCAAAUGCAUUACUUGUAUGCAAGUGUUGUUAAGGCGAGAGAUCUUCCUGUAAUGGACAUUACAGGGAGUUUAGACCCUUAUGUUGAAGUGAAGCUUGGGAACUAUAAAGGGGUAACUAAGCAUCUUGAGAAGAAUCAAAAUCCUGUUUGGAAUCAGAUUUUUGCUUUUUCUAAGGAGAGAUUGCAAUCCAAUCUGCUGGAAGUUAUUGUUAAGGAUAAGGAUUUUGGAAAGGAUGAUUUUGUAGGGAGGGUUAUGUUUGAUCUGACUGAAGUUCCUCUUCGAGUUCCGCCUGAUUCGCCGUUGGCUCCUCAGUGGUAUAAGCUUGAGGAUAAGAAGGGUCAGAGAGGGAACAGAGGAGAGAUUAUGCUUGCAGUGUGGAUGGGAACGCAGGCUGAUGAGGCGUUCCCUGAAGCAUGGCAUUCUGAUGCACAUUCCAUCAGUCAUCAUAAUCUUGCACACACUAGAUCAAAGGUGUACUUUUCGCCGAAGUUGUAUUACUUGCGCGUGCUUGUGAUUGAAGCUCAGGAUUUGGUGCCAUCAGACAGGGGUCGUGCGCCUGUGACUCAGGUGAGAGUUCAGCUUGGGAACCAGAUGAGGGCAACAAGGCCUUCGCCGAUGCAGACAUUGAAUCCGAUUUGGAAUGAUGAGCUGAUGUUUGUGGCUUCAGAGCCGUUCGACGAAUUUUUGAUCUUGACAGUGGAGGAUAAAGUUGGGCCUGGAAGGGAUGAGAUCCUAGGGAAGAUGAUCAUCCCGGUUAGGGAGCUUCCGCAUAGGUUGGAAACAGCUAAGCCUCCUGAUCCGCGGUGGUUCAACCUCUUAAGGCAUUCACACGGCGAUGAGGAUGGGGAGAAGAAGGAGAAGAUGAAGUUUGCUAGCAAAAUUCACUUGCGGCUCUGCUUGGAAGCAGGGUACCAUGUGUUGGAUGAGUCCACCCACUUUAGCAGUGAUCUCCAGCCCUCGUCGAAGCAUCUGAGGAAGGCUCCUAUUGGAAUUUUAGAGCUUGGGAUACUGAGUGCUAAGAAUCUCUUACCCAUGAAAGGGAAAGAGGGGAGACUUACUGAUCCUUACUGUGUUGCCAAGUAUGGUAACAAAUGGAUUCGAACACGAACCCUUCUUGACACUCUUGCUCCUAAGUGGAACGAGCAGUACACAUGGGAGGUCUUUGAUCCCUGCACUGUGAUCACUGUCGGAGUGUUUGACAAUAAUCAUGUCAGUGGGAAUGAUGCAAAGGAGCAGAGGAUAGGAAAGGUUAGAAUCAGGCUAUCAACACUAGAAACUGAUCGGAUAUACUCACAUUUUUACCCUUUACUAGUGCUUACUCCUGGAGGAUUGAAGAAGCAUGGUGAGCUUCAGUUAGCAGUGAGAUUUACCUGCACAGCUUGGGUGAACAUGGUUGCACAAUAUGGAAGACCACUUCUGCCCAAAAUGCAUUAUGCACAGCCGAUUCCUGUCAAACACAUAGAUUGGUUGAGGCACCAAGCUAUGCAAAUGGUGGCUGCCCGGUUAGCUCGAGCAGAACCACCCCUACGGCGAGAGGUUGUAGAAUACAUGCUUGAUGUGGACAUCCAUAUGUUCAGCCUGAGAAGAAGCAAGGCAAAUUUCUUCAGAAUCAUGUCAGUAUUAUCAGGAAUCUCAGCUGUUUGCAGAUGGUUUAACGACGUUUGCACAUGGAGAAACCCUAUUACAACAUGUCUUGUUCACAUCCUGUUCUUGAUAUUGGUCUGUUACCCGGAACUCAUACUGCCCACUAUCUUCCUUUACUUGUUUGUGAUAGGAGUAUGGAACUACCGCUUUAGGCCCAGGACUCCACCCCAUAUGGAUGCUCGGAUUUCACAUGCAGAGCAUGUCCACCCUGAUGAGCUUGAUGAGGAGUUUGAUACAUUCCCAACAUCCCGACCCAACGAAAUAGUUAGGAUGCGGUAUGACCGUCUUCGGAGUGUGGCCGGUCGUGUUCAGGCUGUGGUUGGUGAUCUAGCAACCCAAGGAGAGAGAGCUCAAGCAUUGCUGAGCUGGAGGGAUCCAAGGGCAACUGCAAUAUUCAUCUUCUUGUCUUUGGUAUGUGCAGUUUUUCUGUAUGUGACUCCCUUCCAGGUGAUUGCAGUGCUGGUGGGGCUAUUCAUGUUACGGCAUCCACGGUUUAGGUCCAAGAUGCCUUCAGUGCCAGUCAACUUCUUCAAGAGAUUGCCUGCAAAAUCUGACAUGCUUCUAUAACACAGCUCAAGUUGGGUCAAUAAGUUUUCCAAGGUUCAGUUCAUGGAGAAGGAACUCACUUCUCCAAGAAUCGCUUCGCUUAUUUCCUUUUAUAUUCUUGUAAUGUAAAGACCCUAGCGAUUCUUUUCUUUCUGUUAUUAUUCCAUAUUUUGUACAAUUUUAGUCAUAAAUUGAUGAAUAACGUCAAAUUUUGACAAUCAA